GCCAUUGGUUGUGCAGCCACCUUCAACAAGUUGCUAGCAGCCGCACUGGGCAGAAACAGGAAGCACUUCCAAGUUCCAUUGGCGGCAUCAGCAUCUUCAGGAACUCUUGGAGAGGUUUCUCUCAGCAGCAGAGUGUACGAAUGGCGUCUCAAACGGCCAUCCGCUGGCCCCUACCCUCCACAGGCUCUCUCAAUGGCUGCAGUCUGCCCGCAGCAGCCUUGUCUCGCAGCUGGGAAGCACCAUUACAAAGUGGAGCUUUCUCUCCGCUGCUCUCAGGCAGACCGCAGCAAAGGAGACACCAUGCAGAAGCAUGCCUUGUCAGCGCCACUUUCGACCCCUGUUUAUCGUCCUUUUCAACUGCAUGUGACAGAACUUUCAUCCCUGUACGUAAAGAAUUACAAGGGGCAAACUGUUUGAGUAAUCUUCCUUCCCAUUCAACAAACCAUUUAUGCAGAGGGAGAAAACGGCAUAUGGUGUUAACAUGUAGAGCAGCUUCAGACGUGGCACAGUCUAGCGACCGCGGCCAAGGAAGUCAAAACAAGGAGGGAAGCCGGAAAAAGAGGAUUGCGGUGUUCGUGUCUGGAGGAGGUUCCAAUUACAAGGCAAUCCAGGCGGCGAUUGAUGCAGGGAAGGUCAACGGCGAGGUGGUCGCUGUGAUUAGUGACAAACCAGGUUGUAAAGCUACAGAAUUUGCGUCGGAGAAAGGCGUCCACGUCAGUGCGUACCCGAAGUCUGCCAAGUUUGCACCCGAAGGGCUGUCGGCUGAGGAUCUGGUCCAACUCCUAAGAGAAAAGAAGGUCGACAUCGUGCUUCUCGCCGGCUUCCUCAAGCUCCUCCCCGCUGAGUUAGUCAAAGCAUUUCCCCAAGCGAUCCUCAACAUCCAUCCGGCCCUGCUUCCGGCGUUUGGCGGGAAGGGCUUUUACGGACUGCGCGUGCAUUCUGCCGUGAUCAAGUCCGGCGCCUGGUUCUCCGGUCCGACAGUGCACUUCAUCGACGAAAACUACGACGCGGGGGUCAUCGUCGCGCAGCGGAUCGUGCGGGUGCUCCCUACCGACACCCCGGAGGAGCUGCAGGCGCGGGUGCUGAAAGAGGAGCAUUACUUAUACCCGAUCGUAGUGUCAGCCCUCUGCGACGGCCGCAUCCGGUGGCGAGACGACGGAGUCCCGAUUCUUGAGGAUUACAUGCACUCGAGCCCGACCGAACUUCCAGAGACCUCUUCCUGUCGCAACGUGCAGGCCAUUAUCUGAAGAGGGACUUCCAGCACUGAGAACUCUCUUCAACUGAGUCCGUCUCAUUAUUAAGAUUGUAAUCCAAUCUGGACACCAUGUGACGAAAGAUUUGGCCCGCGAACGGUAUGUCAAAACUGCUGAUACUGUGUCCUAAAGUGAACCAAAGUAC